AUGCAGGCCAUCAAGUGCGUGGUGGUCGGCGACGGCGCCGUGGGGAAGACCUGCUUGCUGAUCAGCUACACGACCAACGCCUUCCCGGGAGAGUACAUCCCCACCGUCUUCGACAAUUACUCUGCCAACGUGAUGGUGGACGGGAAGCCGGUCAACCUGGGGCUGUGGGAUACUGCCGGGCAGGAGGACUAUGACCGGCUGAGGCCGCUCUCCUAUCCCCAAACUGAUGUCUUUCUGAUCUGCUUCUCCCUGGUGAGCCCAGCAUCCUUUGAGAAUGUUCGAGCCAAGUGGUACCCAGAGGUGCGACACCACUGCCCCCACACGCCCAUCCUCCUGGUGGGCACCAAGCUGGACCUCCGUGACGACAAGGACACCAUCGAACGGCUUCGGGACAAGAAGCUGGCACCUAUCACUUACCCCCAGGGCCUGGCCAUGGCCCGCGAGAUUGGCUCUGUCAAGUACCUGGAGUGCUCAGCCCUCACUCAGCGGGGCCUGAAGACCGUGUUUGACGAGGCCAUCCGGGCUGUGCUCUGCCCACCGCCCGUGAAAAAGCCGGGGAAGAAGUGCACAGUCUUCUAGAGCCUGCUUCGAGAGGAGCAGCCCCGCCCGACCCGUGUUUGCUGUCGUGUUGAGAUGUUUGGUGUCCCUGAGUCUGCUGUGGGGGAGUGGUGUGGGUGGGGAGGGGG